GUGUUUUAUUUUCACGUUUGAGCUGACACUUUUGACAACUUGUUUAAGCUUAGCUGUAAAUGAAGAUGAAAUGAAGGGGGUUUUGUAUAUAGUCACGCAAUCGUUAACUUGAAUAAGAAAGUAAUUCUGAGUGAAAAUUGAAACUGAAGUUUUUCUUUUACUUUUAUUUUAAUCUCUCACUGAAAAGAAUGUGUUUGUUUGUUUGUUUGUUUGUGCUGUUUCAGGACUGUUUCACUUCAGGUCUCGCGAUUCACAGUCAUGCUAAUCGGCUAACGCGUUUUAACUUCGUUAAACAUUAAAUAUAAACUUUAUGAAGUGUUUAUAAGUGUGUCAGCGGAUGGAUACAUUUGUGUUUUCGUAGGAAGGGGAAGUGUUGUUGUAGGGUGGUUACCUGUCAGUUUUUUUUUUUGCGCUCUGUCUAAUGUGUGAGAAACGAAGUAGAACAAUGACAAAAAAUCUUUCUUUCACGCUGAUAUAAUGUGUUUGUAUGUAUGUAUAAGUUGGUGUGCGUGUGCGUGUGUAGUCAUGCCUUUUCCAUUGGAUUUUCCUGCAGUCAUAUGACAGAAGGGCUGUGCCUUAAAUUCGAGUGAGCUGCCUAGUAAGACAGUAUGUUUAGGUGUCUACAGCUGACCUGUACUGCUCACAAAGGUCAAGUUCAGGAACAGGGUUAUGUAUUAAACUCUAUUAAAACGUUAUCGUAGUGGUGACAAAUGUUGUACGCUGUCAUUUAAGCAUUUAAAACAAAUAGUGUGCUGUCCUGUGUGUGUGUGUGUGUGUGUGUGUGUGUGUGUGUGUGUGUGUGUGUGUGUGUGUGUGUGUGUGUGUCUGUCUGUGUGUGUGUGUGUGUGUGUGUGUGCGUGUGUGUGUUGUCAGGAUGAUUCCUGUGGUUUCUGACUCCUGCGCUCAUGUUCUGGCCGAGUUUGACUGUCUGGACCCUCUUCUCUCCGCCCUGCGGCUUGACUCGGGUCGAAUCAAAUGCACGUGUGUGUCCGUGUCCAGGAAGUGGUUGGCUCUGGGGACGUCCGCUGGGGGGCUGCACCUCAUUCAGAGAGAAGGCUGGAAACAAAGACUCAUACUCACGCACAAAGAAGGUUCAAUCACACAGGUGGCAUGCUGCCCUCAUGAUGAAGACUUUAUCGCCGUGGCAACAAGUCAGGGUCUGGUAGUGGUGUGGGAGCUGCAUGUGGAGCGUCGCGGUCGUCCGGAGCGAGCGUGUGCAUCAUGGGAACAUCGCGGGCAGACUGUGACGUCUCUGUGCUGGGACACCGCCACCCUCCGAGUGUUUGCUGGAGACGUUGGAGGGAAAGUGUCUUGCGUCCGCGCCGGGUCUUCUAAACUCGGCAAGGGCUCAGCGUUUGUCAUCUUCCCCGUUCAGACCAUCACCACGGCAGACUCACGUGUCGUUCAGCUGGGCUGCGUGGACGGACACCUUGUGAUCUCGUCUCUCAGCCGCUGCUACCUGUGUGAUACUGAGAGGGAGAAGUUCUGGCGUGUGGGUAAUAAGGAGCGUGACGGAGAGUUCGGGGAGUGUUUUCUCCUGCAGGGUCAGCGGGGUCAGCCGGGCGUUCCUCCCCCUCUGCUGUACUGUGCCCGGCCGGGCUCUCGUGUAUGGGAAGCCAGUUUCAGCGGUGAAGUUCUGAGCACACAUCAGUUCAAACAGCUGCUGGCCUGUCCGCCGCUGCCGCUCAUCUCUUACAGGAAUGAGCCACAUUUCAACUCUACAAAGACGAGUCCACAGUCUCUGGCUUUUCCAAGACUCCUUCAGUUUGGAGAUCAAAACCUUCUCACCUGGACAGAUUCAGCCAUCUACAUCUUCACCCCUCACAGUGGGCAGGUUCUACUGUGGACAGAGGUCAAAGACGUGAUGGACAUCGCUGUUUUCCGGAAUGAGCUGUUUUGUCUUCAUGACGAUGGUCGCUUGUCUCAUUUGUCAUUGUUGUCACCUGAGCGCUGCGUCGAGCGUCUGAUGAAGAGAGAGAACUGGACGCUGGCUGCCACCGCCUGCUGCAUGUUUCAGCACGCAGUUAUUGCAUCAAGGGUACCGGCCAGGAAGUCCCUCCCCACUGAUCGACUGGAGCAGCUGAAGGUGCAGCUAAACCCCGCCUCCCAGCAGCAGCUGAUUGGUCAACUGGAGGAAGUAAUCAGCAAGUUAGAGCUGCUGGACUCUGCCUGUAGCAGCCGCAGGAGCAGCAUCUCCUCACAUGAGAGCUUUAAUGUUCUAGACUGUGGCAUCUAUCGCGUCAUCAGCCGACGAGGCAGCCAAUCAGAUGACGAUACCAACUCAAUCGCCACCCAGACAGCGCUGGAGGAGGAGCGGCUGAAGGAGUUCAGUUUCACUGAUGAGCAGGUGGAAAAUGACUCUCAGUCUGUGCGAGGGGAGAGCGACAGGUCUGAUCUGGGUCUGCAGUUCCUGCCGUUGUCUUUCCGGCCUAAACCACCACGAGCUCUGCAGGCUGUCCGGGACAGCGUCUCCAGUUUCAUGAAAAAGACCACAGAGAAGAUCAACACCCUUCAGAUGAACAGUGACCUCUGGCCUCGGCCUGACCUCAGGGAGGGCGUUCAGGGCGAGGCGACGGCUCUGCCGGAUGAAGGAGAACACGAAGCGAACGACGAGCAGAUGAGCUCCGAGUCUGAACUGCAGGAGUUGAGAGUCGCCACGCAGACGGCCACGGCUCUGCUGAUAUUUUAUCUGACACGUAGAUCUCAGAUCCAGGACCCCACGGUUUUACUCGACCCCGUCGGUCUCGGCGAGGUGCUUGGUGAGUGGGCUCUGGUUCUGGAGAGGGUGCUGGGUCCAGAAGACCCCGGUAGACCAAGAGACACAGACAAUCACGGGACGGACGAGAAGGAGAAGACUCUGGAGAAUGACGGGGUUUUGUCUUCCGUGUCCUGUUGCAUUGUGGUUCCGUCGGAGAGCUUGUUAGCUCCACCCACUGACCCGGACGAAUCCUCAACUUUCACUGAAGACGACUUUGGAGAGAGCAGUCCGUGUUUCACAGCCCCAGUCAGAUCACCGUUCACGCCCUUCACCAACCCCGUUGAGCUGAUCCAGCUGUUUUCCCCCAAACCCCUGCCCCCUGACCUCCACGCUGACCUCUCACAGCUGGCCUGUCUGUACCUGGAGCUGGGCUGUCCCGGCACAUGGGGGAGAGACGGAGAGGGUGUGUGUGCUUUCUUGAGGAGAUAUUUCUUUCUCUUGGACCAGGAGCGAGUGAGGAACAUGUGUACGCUGAGAUACAGUCAGCAGCCUGAUGUGCGCAAGUCGUACAUGGCUGGCAUGAUGGAGUUCACUCAGGCCAGUAAGGUGGUGGAAGUGAUUCAGAAGGGCGAUCUGCUGAAAUCUCUGCGCAGUUUGAGAGAACUUCAGCCGUGGAAUGCACCUCUGCUCCUCUCGCACCUGUACAGGCUCUACGAGAAACACGGAGAGGUGGCCGUUCGUGCUUACCCACAGUUCUACCCCACAAUCCUCCCCUCUGACAUCACGGCCAUGGCUUUGCCCAACCACUUCCUGCCUUACCUGGACAAUCUCGUCCAAUCACGAUCCGAGCAGCAGAGGUUGUCUUUUCUUGGAUCUCUUCUUCGCCCAGACACUCUGCGACAGGAUUGGCUGGAACUGGCUCUUUCCCACGAUGCGCCACAGAGGGCAGACACGCUCACGCCGGAUGGACGACCCAGGUGGCGCUCUCAUUUCUUCAGUUGGGGUUACGGACGACUGCUAUCUCUGCUCAUCCGUUUGCCUGCUGAUCUGACCUCCAAACAGAAGAUGCUGGAGACGUGUAGAUCUCAUGGGUAUUGGAUGGGUUAUCUGUACCUGUGCAGAGAGCUUCAGCAGCGAGUGGAGGCUUUCAGCGCUAUCUGUAGACUGGAUGACAUGACACUACUGGAGGACAGUGACGGUAUUGUUCCUCAGACUCUUGAUGAGUGGGUGUUGCUACUUCAGCUCUCUCAGCAAAUCAGCAGCAAUGCUGACGAAGCCCCGCCCACAUCAACUCUACAGCGCAGCAGCAAUGGAUCCGGUUCCGGUGAUGACAGUGGUUCUCCUGAUCUGUCUAACGGUUCUGGCGAGCGGAGCGUUCGGGUCAGCCCAGAGAACAUUGCCCUGCGUCUGGUACGGGUGUUCGGGCCGGAUCGAGCUCUGGCGACCCUGCAGGAGUGUGGCAUACAGAUGGACCUCAGUCCACGCUCCACGCUGGUGUGUGAUCUGCUGCGGAUGACCGAGAAGAGACAGAGAGCAUUGAUUCAGACCAUGCUGGAACGUUGUGAUCGAUUUCUGUGGUCUCAGCAUGCCUAAGCCAUGACCGCUGGAUGUCCACGUGUUCCCUGAGAAGCUACACUACAGUCCCGUCUGUAAUCUGGAGCAGGUGUUUGAUAAGAAUCAAAUCAUUUCAUUAGACCUUUUGACUUUCAGACCAGCGCUGUGAUCUGAUCUGAUCUGAUCAGGGCCGUUUAUUGAGAACCACUGCGCCUAAAUCCAGAUUUCAAUAUUUUAUGACGUGUUUCCUGCUGUAUGUAACUAUAAAUGCAGUAUUAACAAUGAGCCGGGAAACAUGAGGAUAACAAUCCCAUUAAACUAGACAGUAUCUAUGAACACAAGUGAUGAUGAGUGUGUGAACAAGAGUUUUUAUGUGCCUAAUGUCAUGUGUCUGAACUGGGUUAUCUUAAGGAAAAGCACAAUAAAUCUGAAUAUAAGAACAGUCA